CGCCCAAUGCUCUCUCUCUCUCCCUCUCUCGAUCUCUCUCAUAACCUCUCAGCACGCGGCCGGCCAUUCAGUCUCCCUCGCGCCGCUGUAGGGGGUGUACGUGCCGCCGCUGCUCCGCCCGCCGACACGUGUUCCCCCGUUGACCCGAGACUAACACCCCUGUGGGAGCCUUGCCGCGGUGUUCUUCCCCGUCAUCCGUUGCCCAAGGGGAGCCGAGUGUGCGGUUUAGAGGUUCUGAUUCCCCCCGGUGACUGUGGAGGAGGUUUGACUGUGUGAUUUGAUUUUGAACUUGAGAUUGACGGAAGAAUUUGACACUGAAAGAAAGAAAAAGGGAUUAGAAGGAAAAUUUGACUGGGAAAAGAGGAUUAGAAGAAGAAAUUGACUGGGAAAAGAGGGUUAGAAGGAGAAUUUGACAGUGGAAAGAGGAUUAGAAGAGGAAUUUGACUUUUGCGAAGAGGAAUAAGAGAAAAAUGAAUAACUGUGAAAGAAGAAUUAAUUAAGGAAUAGAAAUUUAGCUCGGAGAAGAGGAUUGACUCUAAAUUGACUAAAACGAAAGUCAGAAGAAGAAUUUGACAGUGAAAGAAGGAUUGGCGAAAAAAAUUGACUUGUGGAAAAAGGAUUGAAGGAAGAACUUGACUCAUAAUCGUGUUCUUGAUCUGCUAAGCGUCCGGCGAGAGGUUGUGUUGUCAGCUCGGUGGGUUCAGUUCAGAGGUUAUGGCCAGCCUGCCUUACCUCUCCUAACCUUACCCUACCUUGUCCUACCUGUGCUCAUCAAACCUUACCGUGUCAUACCUUACCUUACCUUACCUUAGCAAACGUCAACUCACCUGAGCUAAUCAAAUCUUACCUUCCUCUACCUUACCUUCAUUUACUUUACCUUACCUUGCCUUACUUAACCUAACCUAACCUUACCCUUCCUUACCUUACCUCUCCUUACCUUCAUUUACCUAACCUUACCUUAUAUCACCUUACCUUACCUUACUUCAGCUUACCUUACCUUACCAUAGCAAAUCUGACAUUACCUAACCUAACACAGACUUGUCUAAACCAGCCUAUCAUACCUACUCAAACACCUACCCAUCUAAGAACUUACCCAUCAAUCUACUUACCUACCUACUUACCUGCCUACCUGCCUACCUGACACCUCCAAUCAAACUACUGGCUGACUGGCUAUUUCGGUGUCACUUCGUCUGUCUGUUCGCCGCUCAAGUCAUCAGUCGUCGCUCAUGUUUGUGUGUGGGUUCUCUUGUUCGUGUCUAGCAGAGAUGUGAGGCAGACAGACAGACAGACAGACAGACACACACAGGAGGCGGCAGGUGUGUGAGUAGGAGGUGAGGGAGGCACAGGUGGACAGGUGUGUGUGUUUGAGGGUGUAGGAACCUUAACACACCUGGGAAACACACCUAAAGAGACCAGAGAACACAGGUCGUCUUCGUCUCUGCUUGUGAUCUGAGUGUCUGUCUCUCGUACGGACGGAUUCACUCACUCACUCAAGCUCCGUCAUGGGUGGACUUAAAUUCUUCCAUUAUGACGUCCUUCGGUGCUCGGUGCUGCUGGUGCUGGUGCUGGCGGGGGGCGGGGGGGCGGCGGGGGGCGCGGGCGAGGAGGGGCGUGGGCCUGUCUUCCUGCAUGAGCCGCCCUCUCGACUACACUUCUCAAACACCACGGGCGCCCUCCUGCCAUGCUCGGCCCACGGGACGCCGCCGCCGCGCGUGGAGUGGCUGAGUGGCGGCGAGGUCGUGUCUGACGUGGCCGACGUUCGCGUGGUGCAUGUGAACGGCUCCCUCCAGUUCCUGCCGUUCCCGCCCUACGCCUACACCGCCGCCGUGCACGCCGCCACCUACGCCUGCCGCGCCUCCUCCGCCGCUGGCACCAUCCUCUCCAUCCCCGUCCACGUCAGGGCCGGUGAGUACGCGAUCAUUGCCUCAGGGCGCAAAUUUGUAUCUUUAAUCUCAUCCUCAGCAUCCUACGACAUUCAUUUAAAUCUUCCAGUCCUCUCCCUCAUAGUAUCCUUAACAUCCUACACCAUCCUUAACAUCGAGUCCCUUCUAGUCCCUCCCAGCAUCCUUUCCAGCCCCUGCAGCCCCCUCCCAGCCCCCAGUCACGUCCUCAGCCCCCUCAGCCCCUCUUCCCUGAGUCCUUCGCAGCCCCCCUCAGCUCCCUCAGUCCCCCUCCCCAUGUCCUUCACAGCUCUCCCAUCACGCCAGGUAGCCAGGUGUCGGGGGAGGGCAAGGAUGCGAACCCCGUGA